ACCUUGCUCUCACCUCUCGUUUCCAUUCUUCUCCUCGCUCGCCGCCGUUUGGUCGCAGUUCUACUCCUUUCCAAUUUCUGCCCAUCCUCUCAAGGCUCCGGAUGCCGAAUUGACCAUCAGUUCAUCGUUGGAUACGAUAUCUUUGCCCCAGCUUCGAAUCGUUGCAGAGCAAUUGAAUAAGUCAUUCUUUACCAACCCACAUUUAUUUCGUCCCUCAUACCGUCCACCGGCUUUCAAACAAGACUUGUCGAAUCUUUACUUCGUCCUCCACCCGUACCUUCCUCGCUCACAAUUGUCGCUUCCGUUCACCGCCCGCUCAGUCAUUUCCUCCGACUGAAAUUCACCUUCUCCCGAUCCUCUUGCUGUCACUCUCACCUCACUGUGCGAUCAGCCGGUAGAGACCUUACUGUCAACUUUGAUCUGUGUUGUCGGUAGAGAGUGUGAACAGGCGCAAGAAUCAAUGCGAGAAGGUGGAUGAACGGAAACAAGCCAUCACAAUCAACCACACGCGUGUCAGCAAACAUGCUUGCGUCUUCAUAACGUCUUGCUAGACUUCAGCGGCCAAUUACGACCUGGGCGACUUGAAGGCCAGCUACUCUGUUGAGCAGCGCAGCCACACCCUCCGACAGCAUGUCUACCGGCCGCCCAUCUAGCCAGCCGAAUCGCUUUCACUAUCCGCAAUAUGCAAAUCAACAGCCGCCACAACCACCAGCUGGAUAUGCUCAUCCUUCACAAUAUCAGCAGAAUCAACAACAGUUUCCUCCACACCCGUCAAUAAGAGUACCGUCAAAUGUCAAACUCAGUGCCAGACAAGUCCCUCUAGGCGUGGGAGUCUCUCCGCCGCCCGUCAGAUAUGAAGGUGCGCAACGAGCACAACAGCGGCCCGGCGGAACCGGUGUACUGGUACAAGAUUUCAGAUUCCCUACCGUUCCCCCGAUUCCAGAGAACUCUCCAGCGAAAUCAAAGCAGGAGCUAUCACAAUCGCCAGGCCGCAGAGACAAUAUGCACGAAUCUUACAUGUCAUCGGUACUAGACGACUUUACCACGCCUGGGACCACUCCCGGUUCUAGAUCAAGAGGUUUCCCUACUCCCAAGAGAUACUCAGGCUCUGUCUACGCCGAAAGCGAGGCUCUCGGGGUUGAUGAGCGUUUUGAUCAAGGCAUUACCAGUCAAGAAAGUAGCAGGUCGAAUUCUCCAGAGAACAGCCCACAGGUGGUGCGUCAAGCUAGCCUGGGAAAGCGUGCAAAGCCUGCAAUGACCACGAUAAAGAACCGAAACAGCCAGCUGGGUCAUGAUAAUCCGGAAGAUGGUCCAGGGGCCAUUUCAACGAACAGAGCUGCCACAAUGAACGCUCUUAGUGCAGCCGUAGCUGCUGGUGUGACCAACAAAGCAACGCACUAUCAACCUGAGGUACCUGGUUCACGCAGCUACACACCUGUCAGGAUGCCUUUUGAUACCUCCCCUCCAGUUUCACCUUCUGCGGACAGAGAAUAUCUACAAACCCCUAAAUCUCCGAGCACAAUAGCCACCACCAAACUCUUUGAACAGACUCCAGGCUCAUCACAUUCACGCAAAUCUACCAAUCCUCUUCUUGGACUAGGCAUUGAGCAACCUUCGAUGAGCGAUAAGAUCCCUCCCAGUCGAAGACCUCCAAGACUAGAUAUGGACGCUGUCAGAGAUGCUGAACAGCGUGGUAGCACAACGAGCCUGGCGGAUCUUAUCAAACGAGCCACAAGGCUAGCUGCAAAUCUGGACCGGGGCAAAACAGCCAGCCGCCUAGGCAUGCUGGAUAUGUGGGGAAGCAACGACAAGUUGAGCGGCAACAAUCGUCAUUCGACCAUGUCAGACAUGAUAUCCGCGUUUCCUGCUCCAGCUGUGGGUGGAACUCCUACGAACCGAGGAGAUGCAGCCUGGCCUCUCGGGGAAAAAGGCGACGCAUAUGCCUCAACCAGCGAUCUCUCCAAGAACCAGCCCGCAAAGAAACGGAAGUGCUGUGGGUUGUCAUUGCCUAUUUUCUUCACCGUUCUCGUUGUCAUCAUUAUUCUCAUCGCUGCCGCUGUGUUAAUACCUAUUUUCCUAAUCCUUGUACCAAAACAACAUUCAAAAGAGAAUACCUGUGCAUCUAGCCACCCGUGCCGGAAUGGUGGCACGAGCAUCGUCAGUCAGAACACUUGUGUUUGUGUCUGCUCGAAUGGCUUCACUGGAAGUCAAUGUGAGACGCCUGGAAAUGCCCAAGACUGCAUGACGUCGACCGUGAGUGAUGGUGCCAAAGCGUACAAGAAUGCGACGAUGGGCUCUUCGGUUGUGCCCGCUCUCUCGGAUGCACAAAGUCAAUUCAACAUACCACUAAAUGCGUCUACGAUUCUAUCUCUGUUCUCUGCGAACAACCUCUCGUGCACAAGUGAGAACUCUCUCAUAGAUUUCAACUCGACCAGCGAAUCCACGAAAACGAGACGGUUCGUCAUAAUACCUGGCUUGGAGCCGCUCAACAAUAGAUUUGCUUCUGUUGAUGAGAGCCCGGCUGCGCCUGUGGUCAGUAAGCGGACUGAGCCUGUCGGCAAGCUUUGGCUGGAAAGAAGACAAGACGGCGUGACGGUCGGCACAUCAAACGGCAUCGUCUUUCAGGCGACGUCCGCCACAUCAAUAGGAGCAGUUUCUACGCCUUCCGCAUCCAUCGGCACCGAUGUGUCCACAAUAACCAGUGUUAGCGGGACUGCCACCGAAACAGGAGCCGCAGCAACAUCUGAUUCUGGGUCGAGUGCACCAAGCUCAACGGGCAGUGGGGAUACCACGAGACCAUCCUCUACGGUGACUGAUCGAGAUGUCGGCUUCGCUCGAGUCCUGGUUCUCUAUGUAAUGCAACAAUCGCGAACUGUGGACGUCGCUGUCAAGGCACAGGAGCAGCUGGAGUCGUUUUUCCAGCAACAAACGCAGGGCAACUCGUCUACAACCGUCGAGGUUGGCGAGGGCAACCAACGUUUUACCGCAGACUUUGACGCGCUCAGCAUCACCAUGGGCAAUGGGCAGGUCAUUGGUGGGAAGAGUUAGGGUGGCUACCCUUGAAAUGAACGUCUCUCAGAAACAACUUAUGGUCGGAUAUUGCACAAGGGGCUCAGCUUGGUGCUCAUGGGGUUAUUGGGAUCUUGUUGGGCUACAUAUCCUACAGGUGUUGGAUAUGUGGAAGGCACGUCACGUCGACUGUGAAGGUCAGCAUUUUCUCCAGCUGAACUUGACCAUGCGGUACUUGUGAGCUGUCAUUAUUGUGCUUGAUACCCCGUGCUUUGUACUCAUAUUUCUAUGCGACAUUAGCGAGCAAGCGAGCUGAGAAUUCAUUCCCUUCGGAUCGAAACAUCUCUCAUCGAAUGAAAACUGC